AUGGCCAGAGUCUACAUCAACAUGGGCUGCUUAAUAGCUUUGCUCUUACAGCUGUUUGCACUGACUGCGCUUGGACAGGAGUUGUAUGUAAUCACAGAAACAGAUGACGCUGAUGAUUAUUAUUAUUACGAUUAUCCCACUGAAAGCCCUGCAGAAGACUUGGAUUUGACUCUAGAUGACUGGUUGUAUGAACUCAUGAAUAUCUCAGAUGAGUGUGAUCCAAACCCGUGUUUGAACAGAGGCGUCUGCGACCACGAUGCUGAUGGGGCCUUCAAAUGUUUGUGCCCUGAGCCUUAUUCAGGAAAGAAGUGUCAGACAGUGAAAGAUGUUUGCAAGAACGUGAAGUGUGGCCAUGGAAGCUGUGUCGUCACAUCUACUGCUCCGUUCUACGAGUGCAAGUGCAAGGCUCCUUUCAAACCACCCAACUGCAAGAAAGCCUCCUCCUGUAGGCCCGAUCCCUGUCAGAAUGGAGGCUCUUGCGUAAAGGGCCCCAAACGCUCCUCCUUCCACUGUUUUUGCCAGGAUGGAUUCAGUGGAAAGUUCUGUGAAGUCGGGCCAAACGACUGUUACCAAGAGGACGGAGAGUUUUACCAUGGCAUGGUGAGUGUGACAGUUGAAGGGGAAGAGUGUCUGGACUGGAAUUCCUAUUUCAUCCUGCAAAAAGGGGGAGAUCCCUUCAAGGAGUAUGGAGGUUUUGAUGGAAUUGGGCCACACAAUUACUGCAGGAACCCCGAUGGAGACUGUCAGCCUUGGUGCUUCAUUAAUAAAAGUGACAAACUGAAGUGGAACUAUUGUAAAGUUAGGAAAUGCUCUGAAGCUGCACCCACCACAGCAACAAUCUAUGAAACAGAUCCAACUCCAGCCAAACCGGACGCCACUGCUACCCACUUCUCCCAAUGUGGAAGGCCGCAGCCCGGCCGCUCGGCCAGGAUCUUUGGAGGGAAGAAGUCUCUUCCUGGGGCUCAUCCUUGGCAGGUUUCCUUGCAGACCAGAUCCAAAGGCUUCUCCGGGCCCUUCAGCCACAUCUGUGGGGGCAUCCUCCUCAAGUCCUGCUGGGUGCUCACUGCUGCACACUGCAUUAAAAGCGGAAUGGAAAUGCAGGUGGUGCUGGGAGGAGUGGACAUAGAGAAGGAUGAAGUAUACGAUCAGGUCAUUCCAGUGGAGAAGGCUAUUGUGCACGAGGAUUACAAGGAGAGCCCUUUUGCUCUUCAUAAUGAUUAAUGAUCCAUGCUUCAGCUGAAAGUCCUGGACAAACCCUACUGUGCCAAAGAAACCCGCUUUGUAAAGACUGCCUGCCUGCCAAACCAGGUCUUUGACAGUGGGACUGAGUGUGUGAUCUCAGGAUGGGGCGUGACUGAAACACAGAAGUACGGUACCAACCAGCUGCUGGAUGCUCGCGUUCUCCUGAUCUCCCAGGAGAAAUGUCAAGCUCCCCACGUUUACGGAAACUCGCUGGAUGACAGCAUGUUCUGUGCAGGCAACAUGAAAGGAGGCGUUGACUCCUGCCAGGGUGACUCUGGCGGCCCUCUGGUGUGUGAGCGUAAUGGGACCCACUAUGUUGUUGGUGUGGUGAGCUGGGGAGACGGCUGCGGCAAGAAGUACAUGCCUGGUGUCUACGCCAACGUCCGCAGAUUUAUUGACUGGAUCGCUUAUCAUUUAAUCUCAUAA